AAGUUGCGUGUUUUAACGCGUGCAGUGUUGACUAUCGGGAGGAAAGCAUCACCGGAGCCCCUCUGCGGCUGGACCGACACAUCUGGACCGGAACCGGCCUGGGACCAGCCGCAGCUCCUGGAGGUGGGGGCGGGGGCAGCGCACAGGUGAGGCGUCACGUGACCAGACCUCCGGAGCUUCACGGGGCGCGCGCAGGUGUGUCUCAGCAUCCCCGUCGAAGCGCGUGCGGGGCUCCUCGGGGCCAGCAUGGCGGAGGAGACCCGGGUCAUCUACCACCUGGAGGACCAGGAGACCCCCUACCUGAUCCGGAUCGGCGUGCCCGCGCAGCGCGUCACCCUGGCCGACUUCAAGCAGGUGCUGAACAGACCCCACGCCAAAUUCUUCUUCAAGUCCGUGGAUGAUGACUUCGGGGUGGUGAAAGAGGAGAUCAGUGACGAUGAAGCUCGGCUGCCUUGUGUCAACGGACGGGUCGUCUGUUGGGUGGUGUCUUCAGACGCCUGUCCUCCGGACUUCAGGGGGUCGGACACACCCUCUGUGGCCACGCCCUCCAGCUUGGCCCCGCCCCCCAUCGAGAGGACCGGCGGCAUCGGCGACUCCAGACCGCCGUCCUUCCACGCUGCGGCCGUCUGUCACGAUGACCUGCAGGGGUCAGAGGUCAAAUCGCCUGCUCCAUCUUCAGAGAAGCAGCGGCGGAGAGACGGAGGCCACCUGAACGGACACGCCCACCAGGCGGCCGACCAGAAGGGGGCGGGGCCAGCCGGCGGCGACAGCUCGUCCAAUCAGCAGAGCAGCGAGUUAGAGACGACCAGCUUCUGCUCGUCUGAGGAAGACUCUGGAGGAAGAUUCAGCCAAUCAACAGGCCAGAGCAGCUCCUCGCCAAGACUCAUCAGGCGACAGCGGCGUCGCCACCGAAAACCAAAAACUCCACGGAUGGAAAAGUCGGCGUCUUUCAGCAGCGUCACUGACUCCACCAUGUCGCUCAACAUCAUCACUGUAACCCUCAACAUGGAGAGGUAUAACUUCCUGGGCAUCAGCAUCGUUGGUCAGAGUAACGACAGAGGAGACGGAGGGAUUUACAUCGGCUCCAUCAUGAAGGGAGGAGCUGUAGCAGCAGAUGGACGCAUCGAGCCUGGAGACAUGCUGCUGCAGGUGAACGAUAUCAACUUUGAGAACAUGAGUAAUGACGACGCAGUCCGGGUUCUGAGAGAGAUCGUCCACCAGCCGGGUUCGGUGACAUUAACUGUGGCAAAGUGUUGGGAUCCAAACCCGCGAAGUUGCUUCACGCUGCCCAGAAGUGAACCGGUCCGCCCCAUCGACCCGGCUGCCUGGGUGUCCCACACGGCCGCCAUGACCGGGAAACUCCCCCCACACUACAGUGUGCAUGAAGAAAACCACCUCAACAUCCACAGUGACAUGACGGUGGUCGUCAAGGCGAUGGCCAAUCCAGAGUCAGGGCUGGAGGUUCGAGACAGGAUGUGGCUGAAGAUCACCAUCCCCAACGCUUUCAUUGGUUCGGACGUGGUGGACUGGCUCCACCGUAACGUCGAAGGUUUUACCGACCGGCGCGAAGCUCGCAAGUACGCCGGAAACCUGCUGAAAGCCGGAUUCAUCCGACACACCGUCAACAAGGUCACCUUCUCAGAGCAGUGCUACUACGUGUUCGGAGACCUGUGUGGAGAUCUGGCUGCCAUGUCUCUGCUCGACCGCGAAGACGGAUCCUCUGGAGAAGCAGGAGGAGGAACUGACUGCGACCCCCCAGCCUUCCCCUACCAGUACCCCAUCCCUCACCCCUACAGCUCGCCCCACCCGCUGCACCAGCUGCCGGCCUGUGGGGCAGGAGGAGGCAGGAGUCAUCACAGCGAAGGAAGUCGCAGUAGCCAAUCGGACUUCAGCGACGAUCAGAAGGAGGGAAAAGGAGAAACACAGCAGGAAUCUGCCAACCAGGAAGCGAACGCUCAGCACAAGAUGGCCGACUGUCUGAGUGAUGGCAGCGCUCAGGGACCGCCCACCUCCUUCUCCAGUUCCCAUGGCAACAAAGACAUCCCAACACCGUCUCGAGGUCAGCACCGCGACUUUUCAUCGAUCCAACCGGAAAUCUCUCGACAGUCCUUCCGUCUGGCCAUGGGAAACCCCAGCGACCUCUUUGUAGAUGUCAUGUGACCCAGUGACGAUGAUGUCAUAUCCUGACUAAAGCUGAAACGAACUGAAAAAGAUUGAGGCACAUUGAGUCACUGUGAAGACCUGGACCUGAAGAAGGCCUGGAUCUGACAAGAACGAGACCGGGCUCUGAUCAAACCUGAAACUAGACAAAACCAUCCUGAACCCGACUGAGAACUAAACCCGACUGAGAACCAAACCCGACU